CACUGGGGAGCGCAGACCCAAGCCUCCGCGCAGGGCGAGGGCCAGGGGCACCCCGUCUGAGGGAUGACAGGAGCCAAACUUGGAGCCCCCUCCUUUCCUGAGCUGGCGCGGGGACCCCCUUCUCUGCAGAAAGUGCUGUCUUGGGGCCUGGGGGCAGGGGUGGGGUGGGCACGAGGGCACGGAAUCCGGAUGGUUCUGGAGUUCCAGGUCUGCUCCUCACUGGCUGUGUGACUUGGGCAUCCCGCUCCCAGGCACUUACGCUGAGAAAUCAGGGUAUCCGUUCACAUGAAGACUUGUACACCAACGUUCACAGACACUUCAUUUGACGUAGCUUCACGUGGAUGAGCGUCACACGGAUGAGCUGCUUACGCAUCAGGUGAAUGGGAAGCCAAUAGUGGCGCCGCAGCAAAUGGGACCAACCAGCGCCAGCCCCCCUUCUCUUCCUCCCGCCGACGGCCCCAGGUGGGGAGGUUACCAGCAGUGGGGGAAGCCCUGGGGGCUCCACAGCUGCUCCCUCUGGAGCCUUGGAUGCUGCUGCUGCUGUGGCUGCCAAGAUCAAUGCCAUGCUCAUGGCCAAAGGGAAGCUGAAACCAACGCAGAAUGCCGCCGAGAAGCUUCAGGCUGCUGGCAAAGGCCUAACUAGCAAUAAAAGCAAGGACGACCUGGUGGUGGCUGAAGUCGAGAUCAAUGACGUGCCUCUCACGUGCAGGAACCUGUUGACUCGAGGGCAGACUCAGGAUGAGAUCAGCCGACUUAGUGGGGCCGCGGUGUCAACUCGAGGGAGAUUCAUGACAAGCGAGGAGAAGGCCAAAGUGGGGCCAGGGGAUCGUCCGUUAUACCUUCAUGUUCAGGGCCAGACACGGGAAUUAGUGGACAGAGCUGUAAACCGAAUCAAAGAGAUCAUCACCAAUGGGGUGGUCAAAGCCGCCACGGGGACGAGUCCAACUUUUAAUGGUGCAACAGUCACUGUCUAUCACCAGCCGGCGCCCAUUGCACAGCUGUCCCCAGCUGUUAGCCAGAAGCCUCCCUUCCAGUCAGGGAUGCAUUAUGUUCAAGAUAAAUUAUUUGUGGGUCUAGAGCAUGCUGUGCCCACUUUCAAUGUCAAGGAGAAAGUGGAAGGUCCAGGCUGCUCCUAUUUGCAGCACAUUCAGAUUGAAACAGGUGCCAAAGUCUUCCUAAGAGGCAAAGGUUCGGGUUGCAUUGAGCCAGCAUCUGGCCGAGAAGCUUUUGAGCCUAUGUAUAUUUACAUUAGCCAUCCCAAACCAGAAGGCCUGGCCGCUGCCAAGAAGCUCUGUGAGAAUCUCUUGCAAACCGUUCAUGCUGAAUACUCUAGAUUUGUGAAUCAGAUUAAUACUGCUGUACCCUUACCAGGCUAUACACAACCCUCUGCUAUAAGUAGUGUCCCUCCUCAGCCACCAUAUUAUCCAUCCAAUGGCUAUCAGUCUGGUUACCCUGUUGUUCCCCCUCCUCAGCAGCCAGUUCAGCCUCCCUACGGAGUGCCAAGCAUAGUGCCACCGGCUGUUUCACUGGCACCCGGAGUCUUGCCAGCAUUACCUACUGGAGUGCCCCCUGUGCCAACACAAUACCCGAUAACCCAAGUGCAGCCUCCAGCUAGCACUGGACAGAGUCCGAUGAGCGGGCCUUUUAUUCCUGCUGCUCCUGUCAAAACUGCCUUGCCUGCGGGCCCCCAGCCCCAGCCCCCGCCCCCGCCCCAGCCCCCACUCCCAACUCAACCCCAGGCACAGAAGAGGCGAUUCACAGAGGAGCUACCAGAUGAACGAGAGUCUGGACUUCUUGGAUACCAGCAUGGACCCAUUCAUAUGACUAAUUUAGGUACAGGCUUCUCCAGUCAGAAUGACAUUGAAGGUGCAGGAUCGAAGCCGGCAAGUUCCUCAGGCAAAGAGCGAGAGAGGGACAGGCAGUUGAUGCCUCCACCAGCCUUUCCAGUGACUGGAAUGAAAGCAGAGUCUGAUGACAGGAGUGGGUCUGGGGCCGGAGCAGGGGGCCAUGAUUAUCCAGUCAAGAAGAUGAAAACUACGGAGAAGGGAUUUGGGUUGGUGGCUUAUGCUGCAGAUUCAUCUGAUGAAGAGGAGGAACACGGGGGUCAUAAAAAUGCAAGUAGCUUUCCACAGGGCUGGAGUUUGGGCUAUCAGUACCCUUCGUCACAACCACGAGCUAAACAACAGAUGCCAUUCUGGAUGGCCCCGUAGGAAACAGUGGAGCAGAGCUUUGACCCUCGGUGACUCUCUUUAGCAAUAAUGCAUGCGUUUGAUUUAAUAAGACUCUGGGGCCUGUACCAGGAACCAUCUUGGACCUUUGCAGAAGUUAGAGAUGCAGCGUCUCCUUUCUCAAAGUGUCUCGUUCUUUUUACAACAUCCCUGUUUCUGCAGUGGCAUAGCAUCUGUUAACAUUUACUUAGAAUCACAAGUUUGUCUCAGAAGCUUUUUAACAGUUGGUGAAAUGUGCUUGUUCAACAGAGCAUCCCAACAGGGUCAUUCCCAUAUACCUUUGACCUGGUCCAGCCUUUUCCACACGAAUGGCCCCUAUUCUGACGAAGAGAAGGUUUUAUUUGUAUUUUACUACUGUUUGGUCAAUUUUGAUAACAACUGGUUACAAACGACGCCUUACUAUUUAUUAGUGGGGAAAUGAUCUUAAGACCAUCCUUUCCUUUCAGCACCUUUAAAUCUAAGGACAAUGCAUCCCUGUUUCAUUUUUGCAUUCUUUUCUGUUUUUGGAAACUUCAGUUUUACUAAUUUAAAACUGUUGGAUAUAGCUGGAUCCUGAGUAGGAAGAUUAAAGUUUUUGUUUUUUGUUUUUUCUUCCCUGUGUCUUUUUACUGGGAUGAGCCAAAGCUGGCACCUUCAGGCACUCUUGUCUCAGAAAGCCAUUGCUGUUUUUAUUGCCCUUCUAAGCUCCAUGUCGUCAGCUGGGUCAGAGAAAACUGCUUGAUCAAAGCUGGUCAGAACUCCUCACAGAAAUGAAACACAGUGGUCUGCCUCUCAGAACUGGUUGCAGCUCAAAUAGAGAGAUUUGACCGCUCAGUAGGAUGGAUGGCGGACUUAGUGACUGAAAUUGCAACUUGUCCUUUUUCUUGGCAUUACAGGUUUUGCCAAAAGAACUUUUUUGUAUCAAAUAUUGACGUGUGAAAGAAGGAGCUAGUCUGCUGAACCAGGAGUAGUUUGAGAUACUGAACUGUCAUUUUUGCACAUUUGAAUACUUUGCAGGCUGGCUUUGUAUAAACAUAUUCUCUGGUUUCCUAUAUGUUGUAAAUAUUUAGACCAUAAUUUCAUUAUAAAUAAAUGUAUAAAUAUUCUGUU